AUGGGCGCGUGGAACCUCUUCCGUGUUCUGGGCGACUUGUCCCACGCCCUCUCGAAAUGCAUCCUCAUCUUCGCCAUCCACCGCAACCGCAGCGCCGAGGGUGUCUCCCUCAUCACGCAGGUCCUGUACGCUCUCGUCUUCUGCACCCGCUAUCUCGACCUGUUUAGAGAGAGUGUGCCGUGGAACAUUGUGUUCAAGAUCUUUUACAUCCUCUCGUCGAUCUAUAUUCUGGCUAUCAUGCAAUGGAUCUACCCUCGUUCCCGCGAGCGUGAGGUCUCUUGGAAGAUUGGCGCUGUCAUUCUUGGCGGCUCCUUCAUCCUGUCGCCAAUCGUCAUGCUCAUCUUUGAGAGAGGCGAACACCGAGGUUUCCAGACCUGGAUGUGGGUGUUUUCCCAGAUUCUCGAAUCCGUCUGCGUCCUCCCUCAACUCCUCCUCCUGAGACAGACGACCGUCCCCACCGUCAUCGACUCCUUCUACCUCGUCGCUCUCGGCUCCUACCGCGCGCUCUACUGUCUCAACUGGUUCAUCCGCGAAUUCGAAAUGCACGGCCGAGGACCCAACAUCAUCUCCGUCAUCUUUGGCGUCAUCCAGACUGCUCUCUACGUCGACUUUGCCUGGGUUUACUAUACUCGCCAGCGCGUCAAGCUCCGUGGUGGCGGCAUCGUUGACGCUGAUGACAUGAGCCGCAGCUGGCUUCUCCGUCGCAUCUUUGGCAAGCGCUUCGUUCACGACGAAGAGGAUGACGAGGAGAACGGUCCUGGCGGCUUUGACGACGAGCAGGGUGGCAACAGGCGCGGGGCUCGUCCCAAGUGGGGAGCUCGUGGUAUUUCAGUCAGCGCAGAUGAUGGUGUUCUCGAGCAGGAACGACACAACCGCGACCAGGACGAGUUUGGUGGCCCAGUUGAUCCCGAUGCCAAGAUGCAGGACCCCGAUGAGCUUGCGCGAGCGCUGGACGAUGAUGACGAUGAGAACACACCCCUGCGACCUGGUCAAACAGAAGGCCAACCCAGCGGUCUCCAGGGCGGCGAGGGCUGGCGCGACUAA